AGCAUUGGAGCCAUAUUGAAUGUGGAAAACGUCAUAAAAUGUAUUCUAUUUAAGAAAGAGACGGUAGAUUGUUUUCUCGAUAGUAUGUUUUAUUCAGAAAUAGCAAUUUCCAACAGUAUUGUCGUUGCUCGACACGCUCAUUAUUGUUAAAAUAACCGCAAAUAGUUCUGAGAAAGGUGCAUUUUAUUUUUGAAGAAAAAAAGCAAAUAGAACCGGUUUUGCAUUGCAGAGGUCGAUUAUUAAAAAUGACUUCAACAUCGAUCAACGUUGGUAUUGGCGAGGGUACAAGGGUGUCUAGUCGGGUACUACGCCCUCCAGGCGGUGGGCACACAGACAUCUUUAGCGGAGAGCCUGAACCUCCACGAGGAAGACGUCUGGUUCCUGCUGCCUCUGGUGCUAUGUUUGGUCACGGUGACGAUACUAAAUCAAUAAUAGGUGCUCAAACUCCAACCCAAAACGGAGCUUCCGUAACUUCGGAACCCGCACCACAGCCUGAAGUGCCUCAACCUGCAGCGCCACAACCUGCAGCGCCACAACCUGCACAAUUCGAACCUGUUCCGGCUGCUGAACCUGUUGCGGUUGCUGAACCUGUUGUUGCUAACCCAGCCAAGGCAUCGAAGCCUGCUACCCCAGCGGUGACCCCUACUGAACAGACUAAAGCUGAACCCCCUAAAAGAGUCCGCGUUCCCCCCGGCGGCUUUUCUUCAGGCCUUUGGUAAAUGCUGAGAACGCUGGGACCGCGCAAUGUGCCUUAGUUUUAUGUUGUCUAUCUCGUCUAUUGUUUGAUUGUGAAGCUGUCAAAUUUUAAGCUGACUUGUAGAUUAGGGCUACUGCGUGAAUAAAUUUUUACACUAGUGCGUGCGCGCCUAAAUCCUGCAAAUUGUUUGUUUCAAAUUUAAAAAUAUGUUGUCAUUUACAUUGUUGAGUUAUUGAGGGUAUUUCAAUAAGUUGUUUCGUCUACCCUCAAAUUUGGCAGCUCAUGUAUGUCGAAGGCAUUUUAGUGUAUGAUAAGCCUCUCAAAUGGGCUGUGGGUUUUUAGUAGUGUGGGAUAGGCUAACUUACGCAUCUGCUGGAUUUUGGUCCCGCGCUUUGUCAGCUUUGUAAAUCCUCCUUUGUUUUUACUCUAUAUACGUUACGUACGAUGAUUUUAAUCUUAUAUUUUAACUCUUUCGCUUGUGUCAAAGGCAAUUGCCAACUCAAGACUUGUAUACUGUAGUCACAAAAUUGUUAGGCCUAAGGUAUUUUAUAGGUAUUCAAUAUUGUCCGGGUUAGUCCAGGUUCAUAUUCCAAUUAUACAGUAUUUACGGUUUUUUUAGCAAACUUCGUCUAACUGUUAAUAUUAAUAACCGACUGAUCUUUCAGGACUGUACUUAAAAUUAUGUUUUAACGCAAAACGGCAAUGCGAUUAUGUAUAUUAAUGAUUUUUAACUAUAAUUGUAUUUUUAUAUCAAUUAAAUGCUAUAAAUUUAA